GAUAAAUUGUGACACAAAAAGAGCUACUAGAACUAUAAAUUAUAAGAACCCCGCCACUAUUCAAAUCUAUACCUUCCUCCUUUCAAAUUCACUGCUCCAUAAAUCCGGCAACCUCGAUUCUGAUAAAUAUCUCCAACCCUUAUAACAGGGCCACCAGCAGUUGCUCCCCCAUUGCUUAGAGCCUUUUCUCGAUCUAAAUCUCUGCAAUGGCCAGCGCCGAGCUCCCGCCAACAUGCAAGGUCGUCCUCGCCGGGGGCAUCGCAAAGGGCCUCUUGGCCGAGGUGGCAGAGGGCCUGUCGACGCUGAAGACCAAGCCACGUGUGAUAGGACUUUUGGCCAACGAUGAUCCGGCGGCGAAGAUGUAUGCGGAUUGGUCGUCCAAGACCUGUAUUGAGAACGGCUUCUCCUUCGACCUCCAAACCGUCACCAAAGACACCCUAGAAGACGCCAUCCAAUCCGCCAACGCCGACCCCUCCAUCAACGGCAUCCUCGUCUACUACCCCGUCUUCGGCCCCACGCAAGACCGCUACAUCCAGCAACUCGUCGCCCUCGACAAGGACGUCGAAGGCCUCGCUCACCGCUACGUCUUCAACUUGUACCAGAACAUCCGCUUCCUCGACCCUGCGAAGACGCUCAAGUCCAUCCUCCCUUGCACCCCGUUGGCGGCUGUGAAGGUGCUCGAGCAUUUGGGUGUCUAUAAUACUAUCUUGCCUUAUGGGAAUAGGUUGCACGGCCGCACCAUCACCGUCAUCAACAGAUCAGAAGUAGUCGGCCGUCCCCUCGCCGCCCUCCUCGCCAACGACGGCGCAACAGUCUACAGCGUCGACAUAGCCGACGUACAACUCUUCACGCGCGGCACCGGUCUCAAGCGCCACCACCACACCGUUCACGAGAAGCCAGGGUGGGAACUCAAAGACUGCCUGCCGAUCAGCGACGUGGUGAUCAGCGGAGUACCAGGGGAGAAAUUCAAGGUCCCGACAGAGUUGAUUAGGGAUGGGGCUGUGUGUGUGAAUUUCUCGAGCGAGAGGAAUUUCGAUGGCGUGGCGGUGAAGGAGAAGGCGAGUAUUUAUGUGCCGGCGAUUGGGAAGGUUACUAUUGCGGUGUUGUUGAGGAAUCAGUUGCGCCUCGUACAAAACCAAGCCGCCCGCCCCGCAGCAAUGGAAGCAGCAGUAGAAGCCACCAAAGCCGAAGUCUCCGGCGUCGUGACCUCUAUCUGAGGGCAGCCAGCCACCCGUCGGUUUUCAGACAUUAGUUUACGCCUAGCGAUCGAUAGAUGGGUGAAGGGAAGGGGAGGGAAGGGGAAUGUUCAACAUGAAGCAACGAAUAGAUAGACCAACCAAUCAAGGAAGGAAGUGUCGAAGGAAGAUAAAAAAAAGAAAGAAGACAUUGGAUAAGGGAUGGGGAGGGGGUGCGCGUAUAUAGAAUUUCAUACACACAUUUGAGUUUUUUUUGGCC